AGCGUGGUUACGCCGUGGUUUUGUGUUGUCUUGUAAAUCACACUUGGUCAACGUCAAGCAAGUUGUCAGCGGUAGUCUAUUUAAGGUGACGAUGUUGCUAGAGUUUGAUAAAUAAUAACACUUAAACAAGUGGAUAAGUAAAAAACCAUUGGUAUUUUGAAUUACAACGUAUUCCACUGCUGUCGCUGCAACAACCACUUCGCAGUGGAGCUACGGCUGCAAUACUUCGUCAGGCACUUUAGCCGACAGCUAACAUUAGCUGCUAACACGCAGCUGUCUGCCACACAAGAUUGAAAGCUCAUGUGAACUCUUGCCGCUGAAAAUAAACUAAUUCCUCACAGGUGGCAGAUCAGGAGUGUCCUGUUGUCAAGACAGUGUCACAAUGUUGAAUCCAGCCAAUGGUGAUCCGGGCCUCGUGGUCGUGAAUUAUGUUGAGGAGUAUUUGGACCUGGUGGAAUCCCUGCCUUUUGACCUACAGAGAAGUGUGACCCUCAUGAAGGAAAUAGAUGCAAGAUAUCAGGAUGUUCUGAAGGAGCUAGAUGACGCAUAUGAACGUUAUCGCAGAGAACCUGACAUGCUACAGCGGCGCAAGCUUCAGCUGUCUAUUCAAAGAGCUCUGAUUCGAAGUCAAGAGCUCGGAGAUGAAAAGAUCCAGAUUGCUGGUCAGAUGGUGGAGUUGGUGGAGAACCGAACACGACAAAUCGACUGGCAUUCCGAACUUCUCAUUUCCUCUCAAGAAGUCCCAGAAAGCCAUGUUCCCACCACACCAUCCAUUACAACCACUUCUGCAUCCAUUAUGUCCACAUCAGCAGCCACCGUUGUCACUGGCAAACCUGGCCACCACGACAAGAAGCGAGAGGAGGUCACACCGAACUCAGGUGGCGCAGACAAGGCCGGGGGAAAGCGCUCCAGGCGCCAGAAAAAUGGAGAAAAUCGGGAAAGUUACAGUGGCAUGGAUCACGUAGAGGACGUAGGGGUUGGAGCAUCGCGGGAGAAGCGUGCAAAAACAUCUUCCAAGAAGAAGAAACGGUCAAAGGGGAAGUCAGAGAGAGAAGUGUCACCCCCAGAUUUGCCCAUCGAUCCAGAUGAACCCACGUACUGCCUGUGCGAACAGGUGUCGUACGGUGAGAUGAUCGGCUGCGAUAACGACGAAUGUCCCAUAGAGUGGUUCCAUUUCUCCUGCGUCGGUCUUCAUCAUAAGCCCAAGGGAAAGUGGUACUGCCCAAAGUGUCGAGGGGAGAAUGAGAAGACCAUGGACAAGGCCUUAGAAAGGGCAAAAAAGGAGCGAGUGUACAACAGGUAGCUCGUUCUGUCUGGUCUGACAAACAAUAUUGCGUUAAUCCUUGGGUUUUUAUUGUUGUAACAGUAAAAGGAAACAGAGAGCCCUGUUUCCCUUUACUGAUACAACAAUGAAAGGACAAGAGUUGUGUACAUAAGUUAUUUUUGUAACUGCUACAUAGGCAGAAAAAUACUCUCAAACAAUACAACCUGCAUGUUUGUAACCAGCUGCAUUCCAUUCUCCUUUGCAUUAUUGUUAUAAUUAUUACUAUUAUUAUAGGAAAAGUGACAAAACCACAAUAAAACUCUACAGCAUCCUUCAA